AUGCCGUCUGGCACCAAGUGGGCUGUCACCGCAAAUCAUCAGGAUCUCACACUUCUACCUCAACACCUCUACCUCAUCCGCAUCUACCUCGAUUGGACCUAUUUUUUUUAA